UGAUAAUUCGAUUCGUUGAGCAAUGUUUAUAUAAUAAUUUAAAUAUAUUUUUUUAUUAAUAUUAUCAAUUUAUACAAAAUAUAUUCGAAAAUUUUUUUAUAAUCAUUAAUUGAUUCAAAAUAAUUUUUUAAUGAAUCAUUGUGAACAACAUUUUUAGAAAGAUAGUUUCACGUGCUUCCGGUUUAUCGAUCGAACCGGUAGGAACAUGGUAAUUCGGACGUAACGAGAGCAAAGUGAUUUUGAUCUUAAUCUUAAUCUUUUUUUAAAAAGAAUUUAAUAAUUAACUGUAAAUAUGAGUGCACUUACAUCUGAAUCCUUAACUGAUAAAGAGAAAAGUGAAUUUAUGCAACAAAUAAAACAAGAAUUUGCCAUUGCAAGUGCACAAGAGAUGCUCUCGAAAAUGUCAGAGAAAUGCUUCAAAAAAUGUGUGGUUAGACCUGGCACUUCUCUGGAUAGUUCUGAACAGAAAUGUGUAGCAAUGUGUAUGGACCGAUAUAUGGAUGCAUUUAAUCUUGUAUCAAAAACAUAUAGUGCUCGAAUACAAAGAGAGCAUAAUAGAAUGUAACAGUACAAAUUGUUAAAUAAAUUGUUUCUGGUUGUA